GCUGCGCCUUUCAUGACGUCAGCUGCGUCUGUGUCUCGUGCAGGCGGAACAAUGCGUUGAAGUGAAUGAGCAGCUGUGUGUGUGUGUGUGUGUGUGUGUGUGUGUGUGUGUGUGCAGUAGCAGGGCCUUGCAGCCGGAGCUGCUGUCCGAGCAGCGAUGGGAGGAAUUUUAAUGUAACGAGCUUUUAUCAACGCGCAGAGGUAAUCGUGAAAAAUGGAGGGAGGAAAUUUCGGCUACUCCCGAGACUAUCUGGACCGUUUCAUUCAAAGCCAAGACUCGUCUGUGGUGAACAAGUUCCAGCAGAAGUACUGGAAAACCAAACAGACGCUCAUCAAGGUCACCGGGAAGAAAGAGGACGAGCAUGUCGUGGCGUCGGAUGCAGAUCUGGAUGGCAAGCUGGAGGUCUUCCACUCCAUCCAGAGAACAUGCAUGGAGCUGCUAAAGGUCAUCGAGCAGUACCAGAGGAGGAUCUGCCUUCUUUCCCAAGAGGAGAAUGAGCUGGGUCGUUUCCUGCGCUCCCAGGGCUCGCAGGAUAAAACCAGGGCCGGAAAGAUCAUGCAGGCCACGGGGAAAGCACUCUGCUUCUCCUCCCAACAGAGAUUGGCUCUGAGGAACCCUCUGUGCCGUUUGUACCAGGAGGUCGAAACGUUCCGCUACCGAGCCAUCUCGGACACGUGGCUGACGGUGAAUCGGAUGGAGCAAUCCAGGACUGAAUACCGUGGAGCGCUGCUUUGGAUGAAGGAUGUAUCUCAGGAGCUGGAUCCAGAUACGCAUAAACAGAUGGAGAAAUUCCGCAAGGUUCAGGCCCAGGUGCGCACUACCAAAACAAGCUUUGACAAACUGAAGAAUGACGUCUGCCAGAAAGUGGACCUGCUGGGAGCCAGUCGCUGCAACCUCCUGUCUCACGUUUUAACCACAUACCAGACGACACUUUUGCACUUCUGGGAGAAGACGUCCCACACUAUGGCGGCCAUUCAUGAGAGCUUCAAGGGCUGUCAGCAUUAUGAGUUCUCCACAAUUAAGACGUUAAAAGACCCCGUGGACAAGCUCGCUAAGAAGAAGGGGAAGAAGAAAAUGAAAUCAGAGAGAGAAGAUGGAAAGAAAGCAGAGACCACAGACGACCAGCUCAUCUCACUAGUGAAUGAAAACACCAGCGAUCAGACCAGAGAAGGGAAAUAUCUUCUCUCUGCCUAUCCUGAGUUGGAGGGCGAUGAGAAGGACAGCAUGGCCUUACUGAACGAGAUCUUGGGCACUAUGUCUGUGGACGAGGGCGACUUCUCUCAGGAGUGGACGGAGGUGUUCGGAGACGCCGAGGAGGGAACGAGCGCAGCGUCAGGUCGACCGGCGGACGCCCAGCAAAAGGAAAACUCCUUCUUUCUACCGUCUCAGCUGCUGGACCAGAGCUUGAAUAAUCUGCAGUCUUCCCUCUCAGAUUGGGCGGAGAUGGUUCCACAGCCCGUCGCCAAGGCAACGGAGCACUCAUCUGGAGCCAAUCAGAACCCUCCUAAGCCAGCAGCGAAAGACACUGCAAAGAUGUCCAAAGAUCUCUCAGCGUGGUUCAACCUGUUCGCCGACUUAGACCCGCUCUCCAAUCCAGACGCGGUCGGCAAAACUGACACGGAGCACGAACUUCACAACGCAUAGUUCUUCCUCGGCGUCACGGUGAUCUGAAACUGGCACUUUUUGUUGGUGGGGACGGCAUGAAAUAAGCUGCCACCGUGACCGGAGACAAAUCUGAUCAGCCACACACACAGCAGCUGUCUCCUCUCUCAUUCAUAAUUGAUCAGUUAUUUCCAGUGGUGAGUAGUAGUACUUUACGUAAAAGUCAUGCAUUCAAGUGCUUUUCAGAAUAAAAAAAUAUACAUAUUAUACAUAAAUGUGU